GCGCCACCAAUUCUAAGCUUAGAACAAGGGAUUGAGUAUUGAAGUGCUAGAUGGUUAAAUACCUGGGUCAGUCUUGUUCGCAUUCGAUGUAUAUCUGUCUACACACCCCCAAACAUCUUUAACAGCCGAGCCUACCAAAUAUGACUGGCCCAUCUACUUUACUCAGUAUAUGCCUAAGUAGCCCAUUUUGACACUGCCCCCACCUCACUCUCUUUCUAUCUUCUUCGUCUUUCUGUCCCUUUCCUUCCCCCUUCUAUUUUCAUUUCCCUCUCUAUCUCCAGUCCUUUCUUCUUCAUCUCUCCACGCUUAAUUACUUUUCUCAUCGCCCGAUUCCAAUAUUAUUAACCAGGUUAACCAGGUUGACAGUGCAUUGCUUUAAACAUCAUGUUUGGCAAACAGGAUGUUGCCACUCCAGGCAGCAGUGCGUAUAUUGCUUCAUUGGAGUCAUAUUUCUCGGCGCUACAGUCUGCUGUUCAGCCCUCGUGUAUCGUAUACCCUCAGAAUGUCCAAGAUGUCUCUGCUGCUGUUGCAGCGUUGACAAAGACAAAACAGAACGGCAACUGUUCCUUUGCUAUUCGCUCUGGUGGCCACACCAGCUGGGCAGGUGCCUCUAAUAUUCAAGGUGGUGUGGUCAUUGAUCUAAGCGCUUUGAAUGCCAUCGAUCUCGCCACGGAUAGAUCAACGGUAUCUGUGGGCGUCGGCGCUUCUUGGGACCUGGUCUAUGAGAAGCUGGACCCACUGGGGUUGAGUGUUAAUGGCGGUCGUGCUGCCGGAGUAGGAGUCGGGGGGUUAACACUCGGUGGCGGCAUAUCUUUCUUCUCGCCUCGUUAUGGCUGGACCUGUGACACUGUCACCAAUUUUCAGGUCGUAUUGGCAGAUGGCUCCAUCGUCGAAGCCAAUACUGCGAAUCACUCGGACUUGUUCUUUGCCCUCAAAGGUGGGAAUAACAAUUUCGGCAUCAUCACACGAGUGGACUUAAGAACAUUCAAGCAAGGACUCAUCUGGACUGGCACAGUUUACAACGCGUUCUCAUCCGUAGACGAAGUCAUCUCAGAGUUCACCAAAAUCAACUCUGUCGACGCAUACGAUGUCAAUGCAUCUCUUAUUACGUCUUUCGGAUUCUCACAGGCACGAGGUCUUUCGGUGAUCUCCAAUCAGCUCGCAUAUACCAAUGCGGUAGAAAGUCCAUCCGUAUAUAAAGGUCUUCUAGAUUUGCCAAAUCUAUUUAACACGUCACAACUUGUUAACAUGACGACUCUCUCAAAGUCUACAGAAGCACUUCAGCCAAAUGGAGCUCGAUCGUUUUCCCUUGUAUUGACACUAGCCUCCAAAGCAGAAGUGCUCAAAGCUGCAUACAACGAAUGGAACGCAACUGUUCCUGCUAUUACAGAUGUAUCCAAUCUCACCUGGGCGCUUGCCCUUGAGCCUCUACCACCAGCCAUUUAUGCACGACAUGCCAAGCACAACGCUCUGGGGCUCGACAACCGAUCUGAAUCGCUCGUGGUAGCGCUAAUUUCAGCGACAUGGAAAAAUGCAGCUGACGAUGUACUCGUAACCAAAACCGCCAAUUCACUAUUGGAUUCCAUUAAAGAGGCGACUGGAGAGCUGGGCGGUCUUGAUCCAUACAUAUAUUUGAAUUAUGCGGGCCAGUAUCAAGAUCCAAUUGCAAGUUAUGGAUCUAAGAGUGUGAAUAGAUUGCAGCAAGUGCGGAAUAGAGUUGAUCCUCAUGGAGUUUUCACACAUCAGGUUCCUGGGGGGUACAAGAUUCCGAGUCUUUGAAAGCUUUGAACAACCGUCGCUCGUAUGGCCUAUUUAGUACCAGAUCUUUAGUACAUUAUUUAUUUACAAUGUGAUGAAUCAGAUAACGAUGACAACAUGCUUCUAUUGAUAGACUUAAGACCAAGUAAAAAUUUAUUCUCCCA